GAGCUUGCAAUUAACAGCUUUGCGGGACAGAUUACUACUUUUUUUUCUGAUAUUGGUGGAGAGAGGACAUCGGCCGCAAAAUGGGGCGGCGAUCCACUUCGUCCACCAAGAGUGGGAAAUUCAUGAAUCCCACAGACCAAGCCCGGAAGGAGGCGAGGAAGCGGGAACUGAAAAAAAACAAGAAGCAAAGGAUGAUGGUUCGAGCAGCUGUUUUAAAAAUGAAAGACCCAAAGCAGAUUAUCCGGGAUAUGGAGAAACUUGACGAGAUGGAGUUCAAUCCUGUUCAGCAACCCCAGCUCAAUGAAAAAGUCCUGAAAGAUAAACGUAAGAAACUCAAAGAGACAUUUGAACGAAUUCUCCAUCUGUAUGAGAAGGAGAACCCUGAAACGUACAAGGAGUUGCGCAAAGUAGAAAUUGAUUAUGAGCACAAGCGAUCUCAACUCAGCCAGUAUUUUGAUGCUGUUAAAAAUGCUCAACAUGUGGAGGUGGAAAGUAUUCCACUGCCAGAUCUGCCCCACGCACCCUCCAAUAUUCUCAUUCAGGACAUCCCACUGCCAGGAGCUCAGCCGCCCUCUAUUCUUAAGAAGACCUCUGCCUAUGGUCCUCCAGGUAGAGGAGUCUCCAUGCCUUUUCCCCCAGGGCAUGGAGUUCCACGUUUGCCCCCUGGAAAAAAACCUCCAGGGCCACCUCCUGGACCACCUCCCCCACAAGUUCUACAAAUGUAUGGGCGCAAGGUUGGCUUUGCUCUGGAAAACAUUAGAAGGAGGGAUGAGGAGGCAAGGUACAGCCCUGAAUCAGGGCAAAGAGGCCAUCAUGACGGAUCUAGCUCAAGCGAAGAUGAGGGCUAUCCAAUUGAGAUGGAGCAGGAUAAAGAUGAAGAAGGCAGCACUGAUGAUGAGAGUGACAGUAACCAAUCUGAUGGUAGAGACAGCGAGGAAGAAGAAUAUGCUCCGGAGGAAGAGAGAAAGGGUCACAAUGUGAGGUUUGCCGAUGCCCCAGAAAAAUCUCGCAAAAAGAGAAAGAAGAAUGUCAAGGAUCUGACUCCGCUGCAGGCAAUGAUGUUGCGCAUGGCUGGCCAGGAGUUAGCAGAAGAAGAGGAAGAUCAUGAUGCAGAAGAAUACUCAAGCUCAUCAUCCUCUGAAGACAAUUCAGACUCAGAAGAGACUCCGCGUCCUGAAGAUGCUGAAAGCACUGAAAAUAGCACUUCAGCACCAAUGACUGUUCCCCCACCUGUUACUGUACCACCACCUCCACUGUCCAUGCCACCUACUAUGAUGACAGGACCUCCGCCACUUGGUCCUCCUCCAGUUCCACCCCACAGGCCACCUGGACCACCAUCUGGAAUGCCUCCAGGUCCACCUCCAGGUGCUCCUCCAUUCCUAAGGCCUCCUGGACUUCGGGGCCCACCACCACGUCUGCUACCGCCUGGACCACCCCCUGGCCGUCCACCUGGCCCUCCUCCAGGUCCUCCACCAGGUUUGCCCCCAGGACCACCUCCUCGAGGACCCCCUCCUCGUCUACCUCCACCGGCACCUCCAGGUAUGCCUCCGCCUCCCCGUCCAAUGAUGCGUCCUCCAUUGGGACCCCCUCCAGGCACUGCUCCCCCAGGGCUUUUCCCUCCAGCACCCCUUGCAAACCCAGGGGUGCUGAGUGCCCCUCCAAGCUUAAUACAGCGUCCCAAGUCAGACGAAAGUGGAGCCACUAUUGAAAAGAAAGCAACGGCCACCAUCAGCGCAAAACCACAGAUCACGAAUCCCAAAGCUGAGGUUACGCGCUUUGUGCCCACUGCACUCCGUGUUCGCAGAGAAAAUAAAGGCUCAGUGGCAGCUUCAACGCCGAAGAAACCAGAAGAGGAAGUUGUUAGACCAGUGUCUAAAGCAGGUCCUAAAACUGGAGCACACAUUCAAGUGAAGACCAAGGACGAUAUGUAUGAAGCGUUUAUGAAAGAAAUGGAAGGUCUCCUUUAAACUAUUUUCUUCAUCAGUCCAUCCCGCCAUUUUUUGUUUCCAUUUUUCUCAGUAAAAACAUCAGCAAACAUAUGACUAGAUCCAAGAACCACAAAAUAGCGUGCGUUAAAUCUCUUCCUUGCUGUGGUCUGUGUGAAUGCAGGUAGACUCCACGAAACCAACUUAUCCAUAUAUACUCACUUUCUUUUAUCAGUGAAUGGUAUUUAAGAAGCGAAGUAUUUCAUGAUUGUAUAAUGUGUACUAUAUGAAGCCAAAUUUUUUUGGGGGGUUUUUGGUGGGUAGGAUGUGGAUUUUGAUUUUUCAUACUGUUAUUUUCAUUAAAGAGGUGGUUCACCUUUAAGUUAACUUUUAAUAUGUUCUAGAACGGCUAAUUCUAAGCAACUUUUCAAUUGGCCUUCAUUUUUAUAGUUUAAUUAUUUGCUGCCGCCUUCUGACUCUUUCCAGCUUUCAAAUGGGGGUCACUGACCCCAUCUAAAAGAGAAGUUGCAAUUGUUCUUUUUUUCCUUGUGUUUAAAGAACAUAAUGGAAAACUUGUGACUGGUGUUAACCUGAGCAUGCCAGACAUUCUGUUAACCAGAGCUGGAGGAUCAUGACCUGGAGCAUGUCAAGAUCUUUGGGCAAAUUCUAAAUUAAAUAUCAUAUCCUAAAGUUAUUAAACAUCACAUGCUAAUACCAAUAUGAUAUUCCUGACAAAUAGACCAAUCCCAAAUCUCAA